CUUCUUUUUCUUCUGCUAAUACAAGCAUACCAGUUCUAAAUAUUCUAAACAAAAGUCCAGUAUGGCUUUUCUUUGCACUAUCUGUUCUAAAAGAUGGUAAAAUGAAAGCCAAAUGCAAGUUGUACAAUAACAAAGAAACAUACCUCGCUCUAAGCAAAG